AAAAAUUUUCCAAGCCAUUGUAGUUAUGUCGUCUGUACGAAAAGGAACAACAAAACGGUGUUGUUUUGGAGUAUGUAAAAGUGAUACACGGUAUAAAUCAUUCAAAACCAAUACAUAUUAUUUUAUAAAUUUUCCAAAGCCUUGCCUGGAAUAUCGCAAAAAAAUAAUUAAAUCAUCAAGCAAAUCACAUAUUAAAGCAUGUGCAAAAUGUGCAAAAUGUGAAUUAUGGGUAAAAAAAUGUGGCAGAAGUGAUCGAGGUUUUAGAUCUAUUGAUGAUGUUACCAAGGAUACUUAUAUUUGCUCACUACAUUUUCUCGGAGAAAGUGGUCCAACUGAACAAAAUCCUGAUCCUUUAAGCUAUCAAGAAUCCCAACAUAUAGAUAAAUCAAUCAAUAAGGUAAUGUAUAAAAUAAUUUAAACACAAAUAUGAUUUUCCGAGUUUUAACCUCAAACCUGUUUUUAGGUGAUCAAAGUAAGAACCAGCUUAUUUGAAAAGUAUAAAAGAGUAGAUAUGGAAAAAUCAAAUGGAUCUGAAUAUACGAAAGUAGAUAAUAUUUUCACAGAUACGCAGACAUCAAUAGCUCAUGAAGAGGUUCACAACGUACUUGAUGAUAAUGUUUGUUUUGUUGAACAAAUAUUACCAGAUCAAACGUCUGAAAUGAGUAUAAUCGACGGAGGUACAAAUUAUGAAGAAGCUAGGAAGCAUACAAGAACAAUAGAAAUUCAGACCGAUUCGAUAAAGAUGCGUAAUAAAAUUAUUCAGGUUAAGUUGCAAAAAAAUUCAGCCAUGGAAAAAUUCAUUAAUUCCAUUAGUAGUGAUGAAAAAAAAUGCAUAUUUUAUACAAGUUUACAUUUUGAGCAAAUCCAAGCUUUACAUAGAUUUUUGAGCCCAGCUUGCGAAAAUUUAGAUUAUUGGGGUAGUCGAGAGUCAAAGCAUGAAAAUACUGAAAAUAAUAAUCUACACAAAUUGACAUCAUUGCAGCAGUUGAUUUUGGUAUUAUUAAGAUUAUGAAUGGGAUAUUUAAUAGAAGAUUUAGCAUACAAGUUCGAUAUUUCUACGGGAUUUGUUUCAAAAAUAUGUACAACUUGGAUUUAUUUUUUGUACAAUGAAUUUACCACUCAAUUGAAGCCAUUUAUGUUUCCAUGUAGGAAAACAAUAGCUGAAACAUUACCAGAAAUAUUUCGGUCUAUAAAAAAUAUAAGAGUAAUAGUAGACUGUGCUGAAUUUUUUUGUCAAUCACCGUCAAAUUUUGAA